GGGAAGCCUGGGCGCUCGCGGGCAGCUGGCUGGCUGCGGAGUGAACGAACCCGGCGGCACCUCCCACCGCAGUUCUGCGCUCGCCACGGCGCACGGCAGGCGGCUGCACCGGCACCAGCACCAUGAUCGGCUACUUGAGCGAGGCGUGCGGGUUGGCAUGGUGGUGCUGGUCGUGGUCUUGCCAGCUGGUGGGCGCCAUCGCGCUGCUGGGGCUGGCCGCCUGGCUACUCACCAUCGCCCUCGACCUCUUCCACCCUCUGCGUCUGGUCGACCGCCUGCACCAGCGGGUCGUGCUCAUCACGGGCUGCGACUCCGGGUUCGGCGCUGGCCUGGCUCGGCGGCUGGACGCGCUGGGUGUGCCCGUGGUGGCGGGCUGCCUCUUCCCGGAGGGCCCCGGAGCCAAGCAGCUGGUCCAGCAGUGCUCCUCCAGGCUGCGCGUCCUGCCACUGGACGUCACCUCGGAGCAGCAGGUGCGCGAUGCCGUCUCCAGCAUCCGCGAGAGCCUGGACGGCCGAGAGCUAUGGGCGCUGGUGAACAACGCCGGGGUGCUGGAGGCGGGGGAGGCGGAGCUGGCGCCCCCGGAGGCGUUCGAGCGCACACUGGCCGUCAACACAGUGGGCGUGGUGCGCGUCACGCAGGCCUGUCUGCCGCUCAUCCGGCAGGCCAAGGGCCGCAUCGUCACCGUCGCCAGUCCACUGGGCAGGACAGCAAUGCCGAUACUGUCCCCGUACUGCAUGUCCAAGAGUGCCGUCAUCUCGUACUGCGACGCUCUGCGUGUCGAGAUGAAGAAGUGGGGCGUCUCUGUCUGCACGGUGGAGCCGUCCAGCUACAUGUCUGGUCUGAACAAUCCCGACCAUUUCAAGGCAACAGUUUCGAAGAAUUUUCAGACGUGCCCACUAAGUGUGAGGGAGGCUUACGGACUUGAUUACGAAGAUAAGUGCACGAAAAGACUGUCUUUACUGACGUUCCUCGCAAAACAGCAUUCCUCUAUCGACGAAGUGAUCCACGAGCUGGUCGACGCCUGCAUCGGAAGAUACUCCCAGGUGCGGCGGAUUCCUGGACUGUGGGAGAGAGUUGUUUACGUGAUACUGCCACAGCUACCUUAUUACAUGAAGGACAUCAUUAUGUUCCUAGUUUUCCAGUGGAGAAUGACCGUAUCGCCUCAAGCGAAAAGCUCAGAGAACCAUAGCGAGACGCACUGAAAUUACAUUACUGAGGAAAAUACUCUUCCCUUUCUUCCAUCUCUUACCGCUUUUUUCUAGUAUUUCGUCAGUGACCAACGCCUCCUUCUCCGUAGAAGGCUACAAUACAAAGGAUUGUGGCCUCAGUAAUCUCCUCGUGACGCAUUUAGACGGGAGGAAAGUGUGGAUAGCGUGAAUAGUGUCGAUAAUGGCCACUUGGAGCAUAGAUUUUACUCACACACAGGACGAAAGCCUACGUUACUCACUUCAAAUAACGUAUGAUUAGUUAAAAAUAUGUUUAACCUCUUUUCACUUGCACCAUUUGUGACUAGGUGUUCACGUAAUAAAGAUCAUCGGGGUAGACACCUAGGAUUAAUCACCGAAGUACAGACACUGAGUUUGUUUUUCAAAUAGAACCAUGGUAUUUGUUCGUCAGAAGAGCAGAUCAUAAACGGCAAACUCAAUAAUUUAAUUUUUUUUAAAAUCUGACAUUGGAUAUGGUGAUUUCGGUGCUGUUAUGGCCGUUAGAAUUGCGAACCGGCCUGAUGUUACUCUGUAAAUUUUUAUCAGAUCUGCAAAAGAGUUCUGUCACUGAAUUUGUAACUGCUUCUGGCGCAAAAAGAAUCUCGUGUCUAGACUUACUUAACUAAGUGUUAG